AUAUUUAAAUAAACUUAACUGCAUUGGCGUUAUGCAUGAAAGCUUGUUUAUUUCAGCACGAUUAUUCUAGAUCGUCGAAAUGACCUCUGUUUUGUUCAGACAAGGGCAACGUUUUAAUUCUCCAUGGCUAAUGUAUAAUUGCUGGAGGUGCAGGAGAUAUUACUCUGCUCAAACUGGAGAGCUUGAGCGGGUCAUAUCAGCGUUCCGCGCGGUGAGCGGAGAUGAAGGCGUGUCUCUGGGGUUGACUGUCAGGGAACAGCAUGGAAGAGACGAGUCAGUGCACAGAUGCCAACCACCAGAUGUGGUGGUGUUUCCACGGUCCGUGGAGGAGGUCAGUGCUCUUGCCAAAAUUUGUCACCACCAUCGAUUACCUAUAAUCCCCUUUGGCACUGGGACGGGCCUGGAAGGAGGAGUUGGUGCUUUGAAAGGUGGAGUGUGUUUUAGUCUGAGGAAGAUGGACCAGGUGCUGGAUCUCCAUCAGGAGGACUUUGAUGUGACUGUGGAGUCAGGUGUGACACGCAAAUCCCUGAACGCAUACUUGCGUGACACUGGCCUCUGGUUUCCUGUCGAUCCAGGUGCCGAUGCAUCUCUCUGCGGCAUGGCUGCAACUAGUGCAUCAGGCACCAAUGCAGUUCGCUACGGCACAAUGCGCGAAAACGUCAUGAACCUAGAGGUGGUGCUAGCAGAUGGGACAGUACUCCAUACAGCUGGAAAAGGGCGUCGUCCGAGAAAGACAUCAGCGGGUUACAACCUGACAAACCUAUUUGUGGGCUCAGAGGGAACUUUGGGUAUUAUUACCAAAGCCACACUUCGUUUAUUUGGUAUUCCUGAGAGCAUGGUGUCAGCUGUCUGUUCGUUUCCAUCCGUCCAAUCAGCAGUGGACAGCACGGUUCAGAUUCUACAGGCUGGAGUGCCCAUUGCACGAAUAGAGUUUUUGGACGAUGUGAUGAUAAACGCCUGCAAUCGCUUCAACAACCUGUCUUACGCUGUAGCACCCACUCUCUUUCUCGAGUUCCAUGGAAGCUCCAAGAGUAUGGAGGAGCAAGUGUCCAUCACAGAGGAGAUCACAAGGGAGAACGGAGGCUCUGACUUUGCUUGGGCGGAGGAUGAGGAGACACGUGCCAGACUGUGGAAAGCACGUCAUGAUGCCUGGUAUGCUGCCCUGGCGCUAAGGCCUGGAUGUAAGGCAUAUUCUACAGAUGUCUGUGUACCCAUUUCUCGACUACCUCAGAUAAUAAUAGAAUCAAAGGAAGAUAUGAUUAGCAACAAUCUUACUGGUCCGAUUGCAGGUCAUGUGGGUGAUGGGAACUUUCAUUGUAUAAUGGUGCUGGAUCCCAAUGACCCAGAUGAGGUGCAAAGGGUUCACUCCUUCACAGAGAGACUGGCCAGAAGGGCGCUAGCGAUGGAUGGAACUUGUACCGGUGAACAUGGAGUUGGACUAGGAAAGCGGGCCCUUCUCAGGGAAGAGGUUGGACCCUUGGCAAUAGAGGUCAUGCAGGGCCUCAAAGCCACUCUGGACCCCAAAAACCUCAUGAAUCCUGGGAAAGUGUUGUAAUUGCAACAAAAAGCCAGCAUGGUACACUAAAGCAGUGGUCCAACAUUGCUGCUUUGGCACAAACAAUGGUGUGAAUUUGGGAUAGGACUACCUGUUUGUCCCAUCAAUGGCAGAUGAAGGCGUUUUUGUUCAACUCUUCAAAAAUUGUCAAUAUGUUAGCAAUUCUGUUUGAUACCUCUUAAAGAAAGUUCACACAAAAAUGAAAAUUCUCAUGAUUUACUCACCCUCCUGGCAUCCCAGAUGUGUAUGACUUACUUUCUACUGCAGAGCACAAAUUAAGAUUUUUAGAAGAUUAUUUCAGCUCUGUUGGUCCUUACAAUGCAAGUGAAUGGGUGCCAGAUAUUUGAAGCUCCAAAAUCCACAUGACUCCAGUGGUUAAAUCCAUGUGUUCAGACACAAUAUGAUAUGUGUGGGUGAGAAACAGAUCAAUAUUUAAGUCAUUUUCUAUCAUAGAUUCUCCUCCCUGCCCAGUAGGUGGUGAGAUGCACAAAGAAUGUGAAUCGCCAAUAACAGAAGAAGGAGAAUGUGAAAGAGACGUGGAUAUGGACUGAGCAGGGAGGAGAAAUGAUAGUUUAUAAUGACUUAAAUAUUGAUCUGUUUCUCACCCACACCUAUCAAAUCGCUUCGGAAGAUUUGGAUUUAACCACCAGAGACGUACUUUUAUGUUGCUCUUCUGUGGAAUUUGGAGCUUCAAUAUUUUGGCACCCAAAAUGCAUUGUAUUGCCCUACCGAGCUGAAAAAUUAUUCUAAAAAACUUUGUGUUCAGCAGACGAAAGUAAGUCAUAAACAUCUGGGAUGGCAGGAGGGUGAGUAAAUGAGGUGAGAAUUUUCAUUCUUGCCCUUGAAGGCACAUAAAUUACACACUGAAGUUUUAAGAAUGGUAACGAUUUAAAGCAUUGAAUCUUUUCACAUUCACAGGCAGAUUUCUAAAUCUGUGCAAAAGCACUUUCACAAAAUAUGAUAUUUUUCUGGCUCUUUGUAUGAUCAACCAGGAGUACUAAUUAAGUGUUAUUGUGAAUGCACUAUUAAUGUAUGGGGUACAUUGGAAAACAAUGAUUUUGUUUAUAUAAUGUACAAUGACAUGGUUUGUUUAGUCUGCUUUUACAGUUGUAAUUUAAACAAUUAUAAAUUUGAAACCAUUUAAAAAAAUAUGAAUUAAUGAGGAUUCAUUGUGCCUUGACAAAUGUUUUAAUGUGGUCUUUUCACGUUCCCUCUAAAUGUAUGUGAAUUUAUUUGAAGUAUAUUAAUAUAUUUGGUGCUGAAGCGCAUAAUCUGUGAAGAUUUCAAAACAAAAAUCGAUAAGCUAAUUGUAAUACAGACAAUAAAAAUGUAUA